AAAUGUGCGGUUAUGUAUGUACAGCGGGGGAGGGUUGUAAAUUCAACAAAUUUACAACUCUCUGAGACAAUGUCUUUCAGAUCUAUCUCUGAAUCAGAAACCUAUAAAUACCUUGGUAUGUCACAGUCGUUGGGUAUUGAGGACGAGGGUAUUAGACGGUCGGUGAAGGAGCGCUUUUUCAGUCGGCUCACAAAAGUCCUUAACAGUCUUUUGUCAGGAGGCAAUAAAGUGCGCGCCUUCAACGCCUGGGUAAUGCCCCUACUCACAUACUCCUUUGGCAUACUAAGGUGGACUCAGACCGAGCUCGACGCCCUGGAUCGGAGGGUCCGGUCACUGCUCACCGCACAUCGCAUGCUACACCCACGCUCGUCAGUUAUGAGAUUGUACAUCCCACGGAAUGGCAGUAGACAGGAACCUCACGCCGCUCUCCUUGGCAAACGAGAACUGGCGCAAACCUGUGGUACUAAGUACUGCGGAUCGCAAGGCGGCAUGGGAGAGUAAGGUGCUACACGGGCGGUUCUACAAGGCCCUCACGGGACCCGAUGUGGACCUGCUCGCGUCGGUGAACUGGUUACGAUUCGGGGACCUCUUCGGAGAAACCGAGGGUUUUGCCUGUGCAAUUGCGGACGAAGUGAUGAUGACGAACAACUAUCGGAAAUAUAUCCUGAAGGACGGUACGGUCGACAUUUGUCGGGCAUGCCGCCGUCCCGGAGAGUCACUCAGGCAUAUCAUUUCCGGGUGUUCUCAUCUUGCUAACGGCGAGUACUUGCACAGACAUAAUCUCGUAGCCAGGAUUAUUCACCAGCAACUUGCUCUUCUAUAUGGCCUUGUGGACCGCGAAGUACCGUACUACAAGUACUUACCUGCGCCUGUUCUCGAGAAUGGUCGUGCCACGCUCUAUUGGGAUCGAUCUAUCAUCACUGACAGGACUAUUGUAGCCAAUAAGCCUGACAUAGUGAUAAUAGAUCGAUCGCAACGUCGGGCUGUGCUCGUUGACAUCACCAUCCCCCAUGAUGAGAAUCUCGUGAAGGCCGAGAAGGACAAGUCCAGUAAGUACCUAGACUUGGCUCACGAGAUAACCGCCAUGUGGGAUGUUGAUUUGACGAUCAUUGUCCCGAUAGUCGUUUCAGUGAACGGUCUAAUAGCGAAGAGUCUCGACCAACAUCUUGAGAGACUCUCGCUAGGUGGUUGGAUCAAGGGUCAGAUGCAGAAAGCGGUGAUCUUGGACACGGCGCGGAUAGUCCGCCGGUUCCUCUCUCUGCGGCCCUGACCACCGGUAGCUUGGGCCUUGCCCCGCUGCUGGCGGCACCCUAGGUUAGGUUUUUUAUAAUGUGUUUAUAUGUAUUUUUUAUCGUUUUGUAAGUGUUUUUAUAUUUUACUUUUAUAUUCAUAUUAUAAAUAACCUAACUUGAGAUGAAAAAUAAAUAA